AUGAACGUUCUUUAUUCAUUUUUAGGUGUUAAUAGGCGACUUGAUCAAAUGACAAGAAAUAUUGACAAAAUUGAUGUUAUGAACUUGUCAUUUGUAUUACCAAAUGGUCAACUUGCUUUAAUUGAUGAUGUUAAACUUAAUCAAUUCGUUUUUGAAAUAUUGUUUCAAAUACAUCAUAAAGUUGUAACACUUCGUCUUGCAUAA